AUGAAAGGUCACACAGGAGAUGUGGAGAACAUGUCCAAAGUUGAGCCCUCCAAUGGGCACAACAGGCCUUUGGACAUCGUGCCCAGCACUGAUGAGAAGAUGAUAGACAGGGGUCAGUGGGGAAACAAGAUCGAGUUUGUUCUGUCAGUGGCUGGAGAAAUUAUAGGCCUGGGAAAUGUCUGGCGUUUCCCCUAUCUCUGUUAUAAGAAUGGAGGGGGGGCCUUUUUUAUACCAUACCUCAUCUUCUUGUUUGCUUGUGGAAUCCCCGUCUUCUUCCUGGAAACGGCUUUGGGUCAGUACACCAGCGAAGGAGGCAUCACCUGCUGGAGGAAGAUCUGCCCCUUAUUUGAAGGAGUGGGUUAUGCCACCCAGGUCAUAGUCGCUCUGCUGAACAUCUAUUACAUUGUCGUUUUGGCCUGGGCCAUCUUCUUUCUGUCCAACUCCUUCACCUGGGAUCUACCCUGGGCAAGCUGCAACAACACAUGGAACACAGAUUCCUGUAUGGCAUUUCAGAGGGGGAAUAGCUCCAUCAAGCCCCAUGAGAACGCCACCUCUCCUGUCAUUGAGUUCUGGGAGCGCAGAGUGCUGAGAAUUUCUUCAGGUAUCGACCACAUCGGCUCUCUGAACUGGGAUCUGGUUCUUUGUCUGGCCGUUGCAUGGGUCAUCUGCUACUUCUGCAUCUGGAAGGGAGUCAAAUCCACUGGCAAGGUGGUUUAUUUUACGGCCACAUUCCCUUAUGUAAUGCUAGUGAUCCUGCUGAUCAGGGGGGUCACCCUGCCGGGCGCCUCCAGGGGAAUCCACUUCUACCUUUACCCGGACUUGGGACGGCUGUCUGAUCCACAGGUAUGGAUGGACGCUGGAACGCAGAUUUUCUUCUCUUAUGCCAUUUGUCUGGGUUGCCUCACCGCCUUGGGGAGUUAUAACAAAUACAACAAUAACUGCUACAGGGACUGUCUGUCCCUCUGCUUCCUGAACAGCGGCACCAGUUUUGUUGCUGGCUUCGCCAUCUUCUCCAUCCUUGGCUUCAUGUCCUUUGAGCAAGAUGUGCCCAUAUCUGAAGUGGCGGAAUCUGGUCCAGGUUUGGCCUUCAUUGCAUAUCCUCGUGCUGUGUCCAUGAUGCCAUUUUCACCUCUAUGGGCCUGUUGCUUCUUCAUUAUGAUUGUCUUUUUGGGACUAGACAGUCAGUUUGUGUGUGUGGAGAGCCUUGUGACAGCCAUGGUGGACAUGUAUCCCUCCGUGUUCCGCCGUAAAAACCGCAGGGAGCUCUUCAUCCUGGCAAUUGCUGUGGUGUCCUUCUUCAUGGGGCUCAUCAUGCUUACAGAGGGAGGCAUGUACAUCUUCCAGCUUUUUGACUACUAUGCCGCCAGUGGAAUGUGUUUGCUUUUUGUGGCUGUUUUUGAGACAGGUUGCAUUGCUUGGAUUUAUGGAGCGGAUCGUUUCUAUGACAACAUUGAGGAUAUGAUUGGCUAUCGACCCAGCCCUGUCAUCAAAUACUGCUGGCUGAUCUUCACCCCGGCCACGUGCUUUGGAACCUUUGCCUUUUCUUUGAUUAAGUACUCACCUCUGAAGUACAACAAUGAGUACGUGUACCCGUGGUGGGGCCACGGGAUUGGCUGGAUUCUGGCUCUGUCAUCCAUGCUCUGCAUCCCUCUCUGGGUGGCAGGAAAACUCUACUACACCCCAGGAACCCUGAGAGAACGCCUCACCUUUUUGACCACUCCUUCCCCCGACUUACCAAAGACGAAGCAGGAGCAGGAGAGGCUGCUGGCCAUUUACGCAGCAGAAGGGGACGGCCUCCAGCAGAAAGCUCUUCCCACUAAGGACGGCUACUUCCCUGUCGCCGAAAAGGAGUCUCAUUGCUAG